AUGUCGAGUGGCUCAAGAAUCUCCACAAGUUCAAGCAAUCACAGAGUAGAUAAGGAAGUCCUCUGUGAUUGUAAACUCCCUACAAGAAUUCGUACCUCCAAGACCAAAGAUAACCCUAAACCAGGGAAAAAGUGUAAAGUUUGGGAAUGGAUUGAUGAAGAACCUGAGAAUAUGAAGCCCAUUGCAGAAGAUACUCUUUCAAAUGUUGCAGAUUAUCUUAUACAAGUUUUAGAGGAUGUGGCAUCUGUUAGAGAAGAAGUGAAACAGUUGAAGGUUAUGGUUUGUGUACUGAUUCUGCUGGUCAUUGUUAAAGUUAUGUUUUGGAGUUGA